UCAAGCGGCAGCAUUGUGGAGCGUCUUCCUAUUUCUGACCAUAUUCAUUGAGGGUUUCGGAAUCAUGAAUGAUCCGAGUGACGGAGUGCCGCAGCAUCUGCUGCCACAUGUGCAUCUGGUCUCUUCGUAUCGGUACCCAAUACUUGCCUCUCUCAGUGUUGAGACUGUAGUAGAUUAUCUACUUCAGGCUCCGAAGGUCGUCAAAGAUGUUGCGCCGAUGAAUUGGACUUUCCUGGACGGCCCCUCCGACGGCUCUGUGCUGCUUGUCUGGCAACCCUUUAAGCUUGGUACUCAUUUUGCCAGUGAUGGCUAUGUAUGGGCAGAUGCGGAGCAAGCUUUUACCUCUGACGUCCGGGGAUAUACUGUCGAAAUGUAUUAUCAUAGGACCGGCUACCGCCCCGGCAGUGAAGCAGUGGCCACGCAUUCCAGGAAGCGCUAUCGCAUAUCUCUUUCCAAAAAUUCCACCAAUUCACCAGCCGAUCCUUCGCUGUGGAUUGUCCAUUAUUCUCAAGCUGAGCCUCAGAACCGAAUUCCGGUCAAUCGAAUCCCCGUCAUUCCGCAAAUCCAGACUCUCUUUGCUCAGCGCCGCGCUUUGCAAAGCCAGGGGCAGCUUAUGCGCAAGGAGUUUAUGCUCCAUGAUCGCGGCAGCUGGCCAAGCAUAAACAUACCCGCUGGUCAAGCACCUGGUGGAUUCCCUCAAGCGCCAGUGUACGGUUCGGGCUCCGUGCCACUUGGUCGCAAUCAACAGCCUUACUAUCCGCCUCCUGCACAAGGAGCAUCUCAACCCGGAGUUGGUGCAUCCCCUGCGGCAAAGCGACCAAGACAUACUCCGCCAACCCAUGCGAUUGGAUCCGCUGGGGGGCCUUCCGUCUCGCAAGCCAUCAUUCAUGAAUCUACCAUCGAAGAUGAGGAGGAUAACUCUCGCGGUGACAUAUUCGACCACCUAACGCCUCGUGAGCUCAGCAUCAUGAGAUAUACACAGCAUCAUGAAUGGAUGGAAGAGAUAUUUUCGUCGCCGUAUUCCAUGCAGCAGAUUGUGCCUGUAGAUCUCGGUCUGGGCUUGAAGGGCGAGCUCGAGGGUCUCACCAAAGGCGCUUUUGAGCCUGCAUCAAGCGACUCCAGAGGCGCGAGUUCCGACGACAAGAAUAAAAUUGACUCUGGAACAGCCGAAUUGUUCACGCAGCGUGCCACCGAGAGAAUGCAGCAAUUGAAUGCAGAGAUGGAAAAAAUGAAGAAGGUUCAUGCCAGAAGGAUGGAGAAGAUGCGCCGAGGAGCGAAGAUUUCAGAGGCAGAAAAACGCGUGAGGAUUGCUAUUACAGAUCCAACUCUGGCAGACUCCGAAAUAUGGAUACCGGAUGCUGGAUUGGAUGCUGUGAAAGAUUCUGAGGGUCACACGAGCCCUCGUGCCAAUCGUAAACCCAGAGAGAAUGCCGAGGAUGUCAUCAAAGAGGUCCAGGAUGACCUUGGCAAGCAUAUUGGUGUUUUUCAAGACAUCAACUGUGUGCAAGCCGGUGGACUCGAGGAAAAGUACAUCACAGGAAAUGAUGGCGAUCAUGAGAUGACGCAAGAUUCUUCUGUUAACGGAAACUCAAGAGAAGCGGAGAUGCAGGCGGGUGACUCCACAAUGACAGGUAUGGACGAGCUGCCUUCCACGACCUCAGCCUCACAAGAUGCUCAUGCUUCCCCUCGAAACGAUGCUGCAAACACUCAACCCGUAGUGGAGACUUCUGGUCCUGCUACGACCGAGACCACCUCUGGGGUUGCUCCGCCCGCUCAAAAGGAGGCUACCCCAGCUGAGAAGGCGCCAAUUGCGGAAGCGAUUCCGGAAGCCAAGCCAGACGUGGAAAUGUCAGGCACCGCCCAUGAGGUCACUCCCAAGGCUGGGGAAGAAUCGAGUGACUGGGUGAUGGUCAAUAAAGAUGCGGCAAGUGCUUCGAAUGCCGAACCGGCAACUGCAAAUAAACCUGAACAACAGCUGGACGCUCAACCUUCAGAUGCAGCACCAGCCGAUGACACCACAGGGGCAGCGUCCGGCGACUCCGCGAUUCCAGGGACAGCCCCUACGCACGCAGACGACAUGCUUGACACCAAUGACUUUGGUGAUUUCAGUAACUUAGACACUGCUGGCGAAGCUCUUGCCCACUACGACGAAAAUCAGAGUCAUGAUCUUAGCCUGGGCUUAGAUAAUUCGGCCUUUGGUGACGCUUUUCAUGGAACAGAGCCUCACAACGAGGACGAAGCAAUGCUUUAGAUUCUCCCCAAGCACGUGACAGUGGCCAUUCUGAUAUCUUUUUCCUUACCAUUUUUGUUUUCAGCCUUUGCAAAAUUGUUUCCUAUAUUCUCGGCGAUCGGCGAGCAUCUUGUCUUGCUCUUUCUGGGCGCAUGUUUAGGUUACACGAUUAAUCAUACCACGAAAAGGAAUGAGUUAAAUCCUUCACUAGAAAUCUUUGAAGGCCCUCUA